AUGGACGUGGGUCUCUUGGACCUGCCAGAUGCACCUCAGGGUCACGGAAAGAUCCCGCGGGGAGCGCGGGGCAGGGACCCGGCCUUGCGUCGGCAGCGGGAGUUCCUGCCAGAAGAGAAGAAGGACACGGUUUACUGGGAGAAGCGGAGGAAGAAUAAUGAAGCCGCCAGGAGAUCCCGGGAGAAGCGGCGUCUCAAUGAUGCAGCCCUCGAGGGCAGGCUGGCCGCGCUGCUCGCGGAGAACGCUCAGCUCAGGGCUGAGCUGCAGGCGCUCAAGCAUCACUUUGGCCUCCUGCCCGCCGCUGGUGGUGCCGGGACUUUGCCCCUGCAGGCUCUGCUAUGGAUGAACCCCUGGACUGGAGACCCGCGAGCUGGGCCUGAGCCACUCCCACCUCUGCCGGGCUCCCAUGGCUGCGUCUGGAGGCCAUGUGCUCUGGACGCUGGGGUUCCAGGAUUCCAGAGCUGCCUGAUGGCUCACAGGUGGACUGGCCCGGACACUUCCCCCAGGUACUGCCAGGACCCUGCACCCCCCAACCCCAAGAGAAUGGAUAUGGCCUUGCAGGCAGCACUCCCAACCACCUUCUUCACCUGUCACCUCCUGGGUGGGCAUGGGGGGCCCAGACCUGAGCUUCGGCCCUGCUGGGAUCUGUGGUCACCAGUGCCCACUGGCUGCCCGGCCUCCCGGCCCUCGGCUGUGUUGCUGACACCCACUGCUGAUCCCGUGGGCUUGCCUCCCAGCGGGGCCUGGCCUGUCCGAGGGCACUGUUCUGAGGGUCUCACUCAGCCCUCCCUGCCCCACAAACUGCGCAUCAAGUCCCGAGCCUCAGGCAGAGCACCUGGAAGUUGGGAGGGUGGCGGGGGCCCCCUGUGA